GUCAAAACCGGAAGUGUGAUUUCGUCCUGUAGAGAGAGCAGCAGUGUGGUGUCACUGUCGGGAAAGCACGGGGGAAACAAACACUCCCGUUAAUAACAGCUGGGCUGGAGAACUGUCGGUGAGAAAGGCGGUUAAAACGACCCCGGUCCGGUGAGAUGGAGUCCGGUAGAGUCCGGUAGAGUCCGGUAGAGUCCUGCUGCGGGUCUGAAGUAGGUGGAGGCGUCUGCAAAGAAAAUGUGGCACAGGGAAAUGCUGAACAAGUAGAGAGGGGAGAGGGGAUUGUGGGGUUGAGCGCUGCAGAGAGGACACUGCAGUAAAUACGGGGACACGUGUGACGGAGGAGGUGAAGUGUAGACGAUGGGCCCAGUGUCCCGGUGCCUGAGGAGAUGUCUCUGGGUCGGCUCCUGCGACGUGCCUCCACCAGGGCCUCCGACCUCCUGACCUUUAACCCCGGGGCGGGGGGCUCGUCGAUGCGCUCGGGCCUCGAUGGCGAGAUCAUCUUCUCCAAAAAUAAUGUUUGUGUGCACCCUGCAGAGCCUCUGCAGGGCCUGGCGGAGCACCACCCAGGCUACCUGUGCGUGCACACGGAGAAGGAUGAGAGCCUCGGCACCACUCUGAUUCUGACCUGGGUGCCCAACUCCCGCAUCCAGAGGCAGGAUGAGGAGGCGUUGCGCUACAUCACACCGGAGAGCUCCCCUGUACGCAGGAAUGCACGACGCCGAGGCCGACGACCCCAGUCCCGUCACACGGCAGCCCAGGAGGAAGAUGAGGACGAGGAGAGGAACAUUACCAGCAGCGCCUCCGCGGAAAGCCACAGCCUGGUGGUGGAGGCAGGAGCGGAUCCCUCGCAGCAGCAGCUGCCCUCGACGGGCGAGGAGGGUGACGAGGGCUCCUGCGAGCUGUCGGACGAAGUGAGUCGGGACAGCACCAUGGGUUCAGACUCGGACACGUUCUCCUCCCCGUUCUGCCUGUCCCCCGUCAGCGAGGCCCUCUGUGAGAGCAGCGGCUCCGUCUUCCUGGACAGUGAAAGCAGGGAGCUGUGCGAGGAGUCCAUGACCCACUCCGCAAGCUCCGCCUCCAGCUUGGACAGCCACGCCCCCUCCGAGAGCGGCGGCGGCUGCCAGUCGCACGGCAUGCGGUGGGAGGAGCAGCAGAAGGUGCUGGCUCUGGAGCAGUUGUGUGGCGUUUUCAGGGUGGACCUGGGUCACAUGAGGUCGCUGAGACUCUUCUUCAGUGAUGAGGCGUGUACCAGUGGCCAGCUGGUGAUCGCCAGCCGAGAGAGCCAGUAUAAGAUCCUCCACUUCCAUCACGCUGGCCUGGACAAGCUGGCUGAGGUCUUCCAACAGUGGAAGUGCUGCAGGGAAACUCAGCUUAAAGACCAGGUGUCGGAUGAGAAAUCCUGCAUGCAGUUUUCCAUCCAGAGGCCCACCCUGCCGUCGGCCGAGACCCACCCGGAGGAGAAGCUCUACCGGCGGCUGGACGUCACCACCUGGCUACGUCACCUCAACCACAACGGGCAGGUGGAGGAGGAGUACAAGCUGCGCAAGGCCAUCUUCUUCGGCGGUAUCGACCCAUCCAUCCGUGGCGAGGUGUGGCCCUUCCUGCUGCACUACUACAACUACGACUCCACCUCUCAAGAGAGGGAGGCCUGGAGGCUGCAGAAACGCACCCACUAUCACGACAUCCAGCAGAGGAGGUUGUCCAUGAGCCCGGAGGAGCACAGCGAGUUCUGGAGAAAGGUCCAGUUCACGGUGGAUAAAGACGUGGUGAGAACAGACCGCAGCAACCACUUCUUCAGAGGAGAGAACAACCCCAAUGUGGAGAUCAUGAGGCGGAUUCUGCUCAACUAUGCAGUGUUUAAUCCAGAUAUGGGCUACUGCCAGGGCAUGUCUGACCUGGUGGCCCCCCUGCUCACUGAGAUCCAGGACGAAAGCGACACCUUCUGGUGCUUCGUCGGCCUCAUGGAGAACACCAUCUUCAUCAGCUCGCCGCGCGACGAAGACAUGGAGAGACAGCUGAUGUACCUGCGGGAGCUGCUGCGUCUCAUGCUGCCCCGCCUCCACCAGCACCUGACCAGGCUGGGCGAGGACGGCCUCCAGCUGCUCUUCUGCCACCGCUGGAUCCUGCUCUGCUUCAAACGAGAGUUCCCCGACACCGAGGCCCUGCGCAUGUGGGAGGCCUGCUGGGCACACUACCAGACCGACUAUUUCCACCUGUUCCUGUGUGUGGCCAUCAUUGUUCUCUACGGGGAGGACGUGACAGAACAGCAGCUCGCCACCGACCAAAUGUUGCUCCACUUCAGCAACCUCUCCAUGCACAUGAACGGAGAGCUGGUGCUACGGAAGUUCAUCUUGCCACUCUGCUCUUCCAGGCCCGCAGCCUUCUCUACCAGUUCCGCCUGCUACCCAGAAUCCCAUGCAGCCUGCACGACCUUUGUAAACUGUGUGGCCCGGGGAUGUGGGACAGCCGCUACAUCCCCACUGUGGAGUGUUCUGGUGAACACCCCGACUCCCAGAGCUGCCCCUAUGGAGGCACCUCCACCCCCCGGCCCUCCUCACCCUCCCUGUCAGCCACGCCCUCGCCCAACACCGCCCCCACGCCUCCACCGAACGGCAAGAAAGGCUCUAAAGCCCGGGAUAUUUUCACCUUCCGGAAACAGUCCUGACUGCGGAGGCUAAGGGGAGCUUUGCUGGUCUUGGCUCAUGUUAGUGCAGCAAAGGUUUGGAUCCAUCUGGUUCCUGAAAUACUUGCCACCCUCUGACUCCUCUUCCCCCCAAAAGUCCCUGCUUCUAGUUUCCCUAUCUCACUGAGGAUCGUCAUCAUGUGGUGCAAAGUGAAACACUGCCUUACCAGAAUGUUAUUCAGCGUCACACAUGAAUCCGCGAUGAUGAGGACGGUUUGCUGCUCUUUCCUCGUCAGAGCAGAAUGGACAAUCACCGGGCGCUGCGUUGGUCUGGAGCUACUUCAGGUUUCGAGUCUGCUGCUGGCUUGGCAAACUUCCAGGGUCUCUGUGGGCAUGGGUCACAUCAGGGUCUGAGGCAACCGGCCUAAAAUCGUGCAGACUCUGACCGGCGGGUCAAAUGAAACUGGAGAUUCAUUCACAGGACCUGAACUUGAACUUUUAAAAAAUGUUGCCGUGUUCUCACAAUGGAAUAUUUGUGCGAAUAUCAAAUUACGUGUGCAUAUCUCAAGUCUGAGCAGGACGGUUUUUAACACGAAACCCCCUCUGUGUUAACAAAGAAACCUAUAACCAAUUACUGGUACUUUUUAAGUUUUGUUUUAAUUUUCAUUUUAACAAACAAAGUGAAUGUUUUACGUUUCUAACAAAAAUAUUUAGCAAUAUUAUAUCCUUGCAUGAGCGAUUCUUGACAUAUAGAGGGCAUGUUUGUUGGAAAACACUCGAGCCCAAAACAGAGGUAAGAAUGUGUUUACAUGACAAACACUCACAUCAUGAUAGGGCUGUGCUUAUUUCUCCUCAUCAUCAGAUUAUGAACAGGAACAUCAUUUCUCUCUGUUAAAAAGGGGUAGGAUGUUUCCUUCUGAUAACACAAACGUUCAUUUGACCUGUGCGAGGUAUCGGAUGGAUAUGAACAGCGCUGUCUGCCAAAGAAAGUUUUUAUCCUGACAGAAAAAAUGGACAGCCUCGUGUUCUACUUGAAGUUUUGUCUUCUGUGUUGAACCGUGUUUAGACACGGUUGUGAAAAAUCGUCAGCACAGUGCUUUGUUUUUCUUUCCCCUCCAGCGUUUCACUUAAAAAUGAAUGAAAAACGCACUAUCAACACUAAGAAUCAGUCCACAUGAAUGUAUCUGGAGUUUUUUUUUCUCACUCAGCAGUGUGAAAUUGUUCAAUGUGUGUGCGUGUGUGUGUGUAUAAACUGGAGUGACCUCUAAACAUCUGGUAAUGAGUUGCCGUAGAGGCCCCCCCCCCUCCUCUGACCAGUCUCUUUAAUUAUAGCAGUCAUCAUGGGGAGAAAAAGGGGAAGAAAAGUAAAGCUGGGACUCUUCAGAGGAAUAAAUACAGGAGAGAUUGGAGAGGAAAAGGGACAAUUUAAGCUUCACACGGGGAUAUAUAGAGAUCUGCGUCUUGCCUCUGUGAUUUGCAAAUCCCAGAUGUAAAGACGGUCUCCACUCUGAGGCUUCUGAGUGACACUCCUGGGGCUGAAAACAUCUUCAAAUUGCUGCUAAAAUGUAACAUUAAGACCUUCAAUCAACCCCCCCUCUCUCUCUCUCUCACCCUCUCUCUCUCUUGUGGUCUCUCGCUCUCUCACUCAGCAAGCAGUCUCUGCAAAUGACAUUCAUAACUGCUCCUUUCCUCCCCUAUUAGUUAUCAUGUGCAGCUGCUUGCUGGAAAUGCCUGCAGAGUUUUGAAGAUUGGGGUGGCUGCGUUGAAAUGAGCAAAGUCAGAGAUGCACGAUGGGAAAGUAAUCGAACUGUGUGUGUGUGUGAGUGUGUGUGUGUGCUCAUGAAUUUUAUUCAACUCAUUGGAAUCACAUUGUCUGCACAGGCACCGUAAGUCACGAGCCUAAUCACCGACUACUCCUAUUUAAAGGGGUUCUGACCAGUCAUCACUGAAUGUACUACGUUGCUGUUUUAUCUCUAUGACAUGUCGAUGUAUUACUGUACACAUCUCAGAGAAAAAAAAGAGCCUAUUCUUAUUCUUGGUAUAAUAAUAAAAACACAGGCAUACUUUGGAGAAACAUCUCUAGGAAAUGUUUUACUGCAACAACAAAACGUACCAAGAUUUAUAAAAAUGCCUUUUCUGACAAUAAAUGACUUGUGAUUGUGAUCUGACACCAAGUAAAACAAUGCUGGGAUUUACAGAAUACGUUUCAUCAUUAAACACGGCUCAAGUAAUAGCUUAAA